GUGCUGGAACAGACGCCAACGUGUCCAUGAUCAUUUGGGGAGAGCAUGGGGACAGCGGGACCUUGGCUCUGAAGGAGUCCCAUAAGUCCAACAAAUUUGAAAGGAACCAGCUGGAUGUCUUCUAUUUUCCUGACAUCUUCAGUCUCGGCGAUCUCUGCAAAGUGCGGAUCUGGCAUGACAACAAAGGAAUUGCACCUGGCUGGCAUCUGGAAUAUAUUGACAUUGAAGACGCUCUAGUGGACAAAAUUUUCCGUUUCCAGUGUGACUGCUGGCUUGCAAAGGACGAAGCUGAUGGACAGAUUAUACGGGAACUGGCUUGUGCAAAUAAUGACAUUUUGGAACUGAAAGAACGUACCUCUUAUGAGAUCCUCACCAUUACCAGCAAUAAGCCGGAGGCCGAGAGCAAGGAAAACGUGUGGAUCAUUUUUGAAGGCAAACGAGGGCGUUCUAAGGAGUUCCUCUUGCAGAACUCCUCCAGAAAGAGAAGAUUUUUAAGAGGAGCAGCAGAUGUGUUCCAGUUUUCUUCAAAAAACGUUGAUGAUAUUGCCGCCAUCUGUGUUGGUCACUGUCCAAAAGAUGGGAAAAGACUGAAGGCAAAAGCAGACACAUAUUGGCAUGUUCAGGAAAUUGUCAUUACAGAGAUGGAACUUGGCAACAAGUAUUUUUUCCGAUGCAAUGCAAAAAUCCCACUCCGAGCGAAGAGGGGAGACCACAAGGUGUUCGAAUGUGCCAAGGUGAUCGAAAGCUUCGCCAGCAAAGCUCGGAGCUUGGUGCCCGUCCGAUACGAAGUGAUUGUCGUGACGGGCUCCCAGAAAGGGUCUGGCACAGACGCCAAGGUCCACGUCACCCUAUUCGGAGCGAACGGCGAUUCGGGCCAGCGGCGUUUAAAGCAGAGAUUCCGCAACCCGUUUGAGCGGGGUAGCACCGACCGCUUUUACCUGGAAAUCCUGGAACUCGGAGAGCUGAAGAAAGUUCGGAUUGAGCACGACAGCACCGGGCUGUCCCCCGGGUGGCUGGUGGAGCGAGUCGAGAUCACCAACUCGGCCACGGGCAUCACCACCAACUUCCCCUGCGGGAAGUGGUUGGAUAAGAAAAAGGGGGACCGGUUAACAUGGAGGGAACUGUUUCCAAGAAGUUAACGGCCUCUUUACAAGAGCUAUCUUUCUGUCUGGCUCUCCUCUUCAAUAAACUGC